AUGGUCCACGACACUACCGACUCUGCCGGCGAGCUUUCUGCCGUCAUGAUCAAACCGCGAGCGGGCGACGGCCUUUUGGCGAAGGACGUGGACAAACUUGUCGAAAACGGCACCGAACCUCGCACGAACCCUACACCUCUCAACACUCCUAUUUUUUCCACCAUGGAUCCGCGGGCGGCCCAAAACGCCUUUUACGACCCCGUUGUCGUCGAAGAUGAGCUCAAAGAUUCCAACACCAGCUCCUCGAGCCACCUCCUCACACAAUCGCCCCUCCCCCGAUCGCGAUCCUUCUCCGAUGGCGGGCCGGCUGUUCCCAAGCUCGCCCUCGCCCAACAUCGUCGCCGCAUCCUCCCGCCGCACGAGGGACGACAUCUCUCUCAAGGAUACCAACAUAUCCACGCCGGCAUCGCUGUCGGCUUCCACCCCGUCUACCCCGUGCCGCGACGAAUUCCCCGCCGAGGCAUCAACAUGCAUGCGCCGUACAAUAACCGAGAGUUCACCUCGCCGAGCGGGCCUACGUCGAGCGGCGACUUUACCGGCAUGGAGCAGACGUCCAACUCGCUGUGGUCCGUCAUGGGCAACCACGAAAAGAUGCCCAUAGCGGGCUCCUUAGGAAGCGUCCCCGGCAUUGUGCCCUCGGACUCGUCCUCGAGCUCCGACGACGAUUACAUGGACGAGGACAUGGAUGAGAGCUACCUCACCACCCCGCAGGCCAAGGCCGCCCCUCAUGAACUUUCAGCAGCGGCAACGGCCGAAAAGCAGAUGAAGCGCCGGUUUCGGGCCGGGCUGGGGCUCGGCGGUGUCCUGUCGAGUGGCGUGUCCAAGUCGCCGCCCAAUGGCAUGGCCAUGGACGUCUCUCACUCGCGGCGCGAGAGCAUUAGCUGGCAGGCGAACCAGCUGCACCUCUCGGGGACGUCAUCCGCCGGGUCGUCACGAGACGGGGCAACCUUUUCCCAAAACAAAGGAUUCGCCCGCAUCCGGGCUGCCUUGGCGGAAGAGAGCGCGCCGGUUGAGGCCGAAAUCUGCAGGGAGGCAGAGGUCAUUCGCCAGGUGCUCGAGAGCGAUGUGCCACUAGAGCGCAGCUUGAACGCGAUCCCGCCCCUCUCCGCGCCCACCACGACCAAUUCGUCUCCGGCGCUUAGACCCCAGGACGGACUCGACGACGUCGACGACAUGCUCGCCGACUCAGGGCUAGGCAUAUCCUCCUCGACCACGCGCCAACAUCAGCAACAGCAACAACAACAGCAGCAGCAGCAGCAACAACAACAACAGCCGCUCAAGGGCCUUCUCCCAAGCGCGCGUCUUCCGUGGGACGCGGCCGAGACGAUGAGCACUUCCAACUCGAGCGCCUACACGACGCCGCCCCUCCCUCCCUUCCGGCCGCGGGGCUCCUCGACCAUUAGCGAAGACAUGUCGAUGGAUUCCCCGCAGCCUCGGUCGCCGGCUUCGUCGUACCAAACAAUUCCUCCAACGGGAAUGGCAGCGGUACCGCCAGCGGCAACGGGGACCUGCACCAUCAACGAGCCGACGAUCACGCGGCGCAUCAACAACAAGCGCCGGCGCGACGACGACCUCGAUCCUGUCGCGCUCAAGAGGCGGGCCGUCAGCCCCAGCAUCAGCGUGCACAACUCGCCCGUCAUGCAGAGCCCCAUGCAGCGCGAUGCGGCGCCCUGGGGCUCCCGCCCGGGGAGCAAUAGCGGCGAAAAGGCGGGCGGGAGUAGCGCGGCGAGCGACGCGGGGAGCAUCGCGGGCGGCAACCCGUCGGCGACGGCGGCGGUGGCGGGCAAGCUUGGACCUGCCAAGGGUCGAGUGGGAUUUCAGGGCAUGGUGGACACGAACGACGGGUUGAUGAGGAUGAGUAUUGAGUAG